CUGCAUGCAGCCUCCCCAGGUUCAUAAGCCGGACGGCAUCGCCAGCGAGGAAGGAAGUCAACACCACCAUGACCGUGACACAAGCAGCGGACAUUUGCACCAAUUUCCAGGAACACAUAAUCAGUGAUGCUCAUCUGGGCUGGGCUUGAACACAGCAAUGUGUGCCUGUGUGACCCACGCCACCUUCUUUGUGGUGGUUCCCAUGAUGCAACUCUGUUUCACCGAUGCACGUCUACCGAGAGAGGCAAGUGCCAGGUACAGAUGCGGGUUGACACUUACAACUGGCAGAGAUCUCAUAUCUGGUGGCUCUCCACAUCUGGCACAACUGACAGGUACGCUCCUGCGCAACAGAAAGCGCAAGCGCCGCCCGUUUGUGUUAUAAAAAGCACGACCGUCCGUAACACUCUUUCCAUAUUGUUCAACGCUCUCGUCUCUCUUUUCACUCCACUCGCGCGAGGCAAGCUCCUCCGCCACCACUUUCAUUCAACUCUUCUUGUUGCUCGCACACUCGCUCUUGAACUGUUACAUCUACGCCCUUCACUUCCGGGACAACCGCAACCAACCACAGUCAUGGUCGUUACCACCUCCCUUAUCGCUGCUUGCAGCAUCUUUGCGCUUUCCUUCGCCGCUCCAAUUCACAACGCAGCUUCUCGCGCCAUAGUCGCACGAGACGCGUACAUCAUGUUUGGUGGAGAUGGCACAAUGGCCCUUGGCUGGCCGUCUCAGAAGCAGUGGCUGAGCUGGGACGACGCUUGGAAAGCGAGCCUCGACACUAUCCUGAACUCUUGCCAGGUCGAGGGCUGGGGCGAGAACAACAGCAAUGCCGAGACGCAGGCCAUCAAGGAUAGCAUCGUUGACGAGUCCAAGUCAUCGGGUAUCCCCAAGGAAUUCAUCCUCGCCAUCAUGAUGCAGGAGUCUAAGGGCUGCGUGCGAGCGCCCACCACGCGCUGGAGCCACGAUAACCCAGGUCUGAUGCAGAGCGCUCAAGGAACCGGCAGUUGCAACCCAGACGGCAACCCAAUCAGCCCUUGCUCCUCGACUAAGAUCCGUCAGAUGAUUCAUGACGGCACCAACGGUGAUGGCCUGGAGACCACCUUGACCCAGUGCGUGGCAGAUGCCGGCACCACCGAUGACAGCAAGUGGUACAAAGCCGCUCGCUUGUUCAAUGCCGGUAGGAUCACUGACAAUAAUCUUGGUAUUGGACCGACUCCAUGCUAUGCUUCUGACAUCGCCAACCGUCUCACGACUCCGCUCAACUGGAGCCCUUGCGACAACGCUGUCAUCGGCUCCCUAUCGAGUGCUCAGGGCACUAUUGCCAACGGCAACACCAACGAUGUCCCAGAAGAGGUGUCAGCGCCUGCGACUAUCGCUACUGCUGAGUACCCUACUGCGCCGGCUUCGACUCCUACGCCUAUUCCUACUCCUGCAACCGCUCCUAGUGUGUUCGUCGAGACUCCUGCUGCUGGCUCUACUAAGCCCGACCUCAUCAUCGAUGGCGUCGUGACCGGAUGCACCAACUACUACAUCCCUCAGUCUGGUAGCACUUGCGCCUCUGCUCCCAUCGACUUUGCAAUUCUUCGCUCUCUUAACACGCAGCUCAACUCUGACUGCACCAACCUCUGGGCUGGAUACGCCUACUGUAUUGCGGCCUAAGCUUUCGAUCUGGUUGUCUCAUAUGUUUGAUCUUUAAGAGGCUGAUUUCACACAUCUCGCUGAGCGCCGCUCGAUUCUGGCACAUGUGACUUUACUUCUACGCAUACCCGUUUAGCGACAUCCCGUCCUCACAGUAGUAGCAUUUUCUUUGCAGAGAUUUACAAGAUAUACGACGAAAAUGAAAGACAUGAUCAUGA